UUAGAAGUUAUGGUUUAAAAUUAUUUUUAAUACAAAAAUUCACCUGUUAGGAAGGAAGAAGGAAAAAAAAAUGGCUGAUUCCGGGCAUUUUCGACCAUGAGGAAUCCAUUGGUGCGACUCCCAAAUUGCUAUCUUGUAAGGUGUGAAUUUCUAUAGAUGUAACACACACACACACUCACAAACUCAGCUUUACAACAUGUACUGAUACUGAUAUUAUAAAGAAUUAAAUGGCAAAGACGACCUCGGCGGAAUUUGAACUCAGAACGUAAAGGCAGACGGAAUAGCGCUCAGCAUUUCGCCCGGCGUGCUAACGUUUCUGCCAGCUCGCUGCCGCGUGUAUGUAAAUAUAUACAUGCAUAAGACGGUACUCCAGCAUGGCCGCAGUUAAAUGACUGAAACAAGUAAAAAAAAAAUAAAAGAAUAUAUAUAUGUGCACACAUAUAUAUACCUAUAUAUGUGUAUGUAUGCAUACACACAGAUACAUACACAUAUAUGAAAUUUUAUAAAACAGAUCCUUUAUCUCCCCUACUCCUCGCCCCCAAACUUUUUCACUGAAUCCAUUUUGGGAGAAACGCAACCUUAAUAAUCUCAAAUACGCACGUCUGCUAACUUAGUUUCUCUAUGAAUUUUCUGAACUGUGGUCUGUUUAUGUCCUCAGUGCUCCCAUUUGACAUCACACAGUUAAGCUGACAUUCCGCAGUUUAAACUAUUUGCUCAGACGUAACAUUAAUCUGAUGGCUUACUCCCUACCUUCACCAAUCGCAAAAGCACCGCUUUCUUUCUCCUUUUCUGUUUAAUCUACUUGGAAAGUUCGUCUGUACGCGGUGUCAUUGAAUGCUCAGAUCGAUGUUUGAUCAUUCUGCACUUGAUUUUACGAAGUAAGCAGUUUGAUUCCCGUAAACUUAAACAAACUCAGCACUAAAUCGUCGACGUGUAUGUAUGUAUGUGCGUGCGCGCGCGUACAUAAAUGUAUGUGUGUAUGUAUGUAUGCAUGUAUGUUCACUGAUACUUAUGGAAGAGGCCCCCUGUUGUAUAUUCCUUGUUAGUUUCAGUAUGUUAGAAUAUACAAAUGCUUCAAUUAUGUUUGUCUUUUCUAAUUACUAAGUUAUUUAAACGGCGAUCAGAUUCUUUAUCAACGUAAUUAAAAAUAAACUGUACUAAAUACACAAUUACACGCGUAUAGAAAAACCGGGGACACCCCUACUCCAGAUUAUAGAAGGCUUCAUUCGUCUACAGCUUAAUUUUCGGAUUCAUUAUCACUAAGUGAUUAAUGAAUUCUACCACCACUAUCAAUUCCACCAGUUUCUAAAUAGAAUAUCACUCGAUUACAGGUAGAACAGUCUACUACAGGUAAGUCUUAACAGCGUGUUGAAUUAGGGCGUAUAGACACAAAAUAUUUGCAGCGUCGACCAUGCGAAAGAUGUAAUGACAUGGAUACGUGAAUACUAGAAGGGAAACUGGAAAAGGGCCAACCCAAGAAUACCUGUUGCUGGACUUUCCAAAAUGACUCCCACUUACAAUAAUCAUGAGAACCAGUUGGAUAAGAGUGAAGAUAGAACUGUAGUAGAUCGACUGGAUUGUUGAAAUGUCAACAUGCAGUUUUUACUGUCCUAAAAAAAGUGAAAGUAAAUUGUUCUUAAAAAACGAAAGUAUGUGAUAGAAACUGGAAGUGAUGACAGAGGCAUGUCAAAAUUUCAUAAAACAUGCCUGAUGGGCUGCUUUUGUGGGUCAAGGCAACUUCUAUACUCAUGAAGUUGUCAACCAUUCACUCAAUCGGUUUCGCCUUCAUUAACAUAAUAAAUACUAGUUGUCUGGAGUGAAAUGGGUGGGGUCAGAAGAGACUCGGUAAAUAUCUGAUAAUGAAGAGAAUAAAAGGUGAUAUAAAACGACAAUGGUUCGAGUACAGACAGAAAGACAACAAUCAUAGCCAAAAAUAUAUACAUUAGUACACUGGGCAAAAAAAAAAAAAAAAAAAAAACACAGAAAAGUGGACAGUAAAGAGGAAAGGAUGCCUAGACAUGUCAGUAUUGGUGAAUUUCGGAAAGAACAGAAUUUUUGAAAGAUGCACCAAUGUCAGUAUUUAUUCUCUGCUUCAAUGAGUCUGAGCGUGAAAAAAAUGUUUCCAAAAGUAACGGACUGAAUAAUAAAAAUUUUUUUUUAUAAGCAUGGCCACGAGUGGCAGAGGUAUUGAAUUCAAAAAGAUGGGUAAAUUUGUUAUUGGAGACAUGGUGGAUAAUCUUUUGGGUUUCUAGCAAGUCAGCUUCUAGACGUCAACGCUGUAGUAUGUCCAUGCCCAGAAAAGCAAAACAUUCAAGAUAUGCUAGACGGUUGGCGUAAAGUAUUCUUCUGGUUGCAGAGAUACCUUACUGCAUUUAGUUACAGCCUUUAAUGAUGUAAGUUCAAAUCCCUCGCUGUCAACUUUACUUUUCAUCUUUCUGGGGUCGAUAAAUUAAAGCGUUAAUCAAGAACUAAUGUGGAUUGUAUCGAGCUUACUCACGCAAAAUUUAUGGUCUUGUCUCAACGACAGAAAUAAAUUAUAAAAUCUAGACAGCUCUUGAUAGAACAAUAUGCAAAUCUCUCGAGAAUCGAGAACGCAAUUUGGUCUCGAUGCUCGGUUGAUUGCAAUGGCGUAGAGUGAGGUGUGCAAUGUAUGCGGACCAUAUAUGAUGGCCACUCUUCGUACGUGUGUUUACUAUAAGCAAAGGUAUGUUACAUUUCAAGAAGAGGGCAACCAAUUUGGCCACCACACAGGGUAGCGAAAAGCCAUACUACGUCACUUGCAGAUUAAUACUGGGUAAUUUCACUGAUGUCUCUAGGAAUCCACAACUAAACUAUUACACAUCUCACCUUUCCCUGACACCUAGUUAAAGAAAAAAGAAUUUAGUAAGAAAGAUUGUACCGUUAUAAUUGUAUAAUCUGACGAGCCACUUGCAUUCCAAUUUUGAUAUAUUGCCUAUUAAAAUCAAUUCUCACAUCUUACACUUCUGGUCUCUUUUAAGCGGUCUGGUCGUUAAAUCGUAGUUGGUGAAGGUGAAAAUGACCCUACUAAUAAUGCUUCUAUAUUCUUUAUUACCCGGACAAAUUUGGUUAAAACCCAGGGCUAGUCGCCUAAUCUACUGAGACCCAUUUCUCGUUACUGAGCUAACGCGGUUUCUAAUUCAAGCGUUCUACACCCUUAAAAAUGUUUGAAUGUCACACAGUUUUAUCUCACUCUGUCAGUUCGUGCAUUUGGAGCAAAAUAAGAAAUUGGUUCACUUAGACGAUCGUUUGAGUUGUUUUCUUGAUUCCUGUUCUGAGAUUAAAUCAGUUCAUUUCACCAAUUCUAGUGAGAAAAGUAUAAACUUCACCCACUUCUCAUUUCGAGACCUUGUAAUUUGACGAAAACAAAAAAGAAAAGAAAAAUCCAUUUUGAAACAAAAUGCAACUGGAGUGAUUUGGUGCAAAAUAGCGUAUGUGUUUGCGAUAAAGAAAUGUUGUGUGUGUGUGUGUGUGAGAGAGAGACAGAGAGGAGGGGGUAUGUGUAUGUGCGUCUCGCAAACAAUCUUUUUUGUUUUUAUCUCGUUUUUGUAUUUGUGUGCAUUUAUUUUUUUUGUCUAUUUAAUCCAAGCUGAAAGUUGUUUUAUCAGCGAGCAGACAAGAUAAACAAUAUCCCCUUAACUCAGACUCUCAAUCGUCACUGCCGCCUUCCCCAACCACCACCACCAAUAUCAUCAUCGACAUCACUACUACCAUGACCUACACCUGUACAACAAACAACCACCACCGUCACCGUCACCGCCAUAGUCAUCGUCCCAUCUAUCGACACUAGAACACCCAUAGCAUCAUCAUCAUUAUCACCAACAUCCUCAUCACCACUAAUAACAGCAGCAACACAAUCGCUACGAUCGGUACUUCAGAAAUGAAAUACCCUACUUAAGGUCAUGUGGACGGGUACGUUAAAGAAAAUAAAACUUUGAGCCGGACGUAUUUACCGAGAGUGUGAGAAUUAAAUUAUAUUAGCAUCAGUGCGCGCGCGCGAUGUGUAUGUGUGUGGUUGGCUGGGUGCGCACGUGUGUAAAUAUGUGUAUAUGUAUGUGUGUGUGUAUAUAUAUAUAUAUAUAUAUACACACACACACAUAUACAGCAGAGUAGUAGUGGUGGUGUAAGGACGGGAUAAAGUAAGCAUGUCUUUCCAUGUUGGCGAGUGCGUACUGGGGAGGGGUAGACAGGUGGUUUGAAGAACGGGGUUAACAGUGUUAUAAAAGCAAGAAAAGAGGCCGUACAACUUACAUUUGGUUUCACGAGGAAAACUGUAUGUCGCGUCUGUUGCUUGAUAAUAACAAACACUAGUUCGUGACCAGCUUACUAAAAGCAUUUCUUACAAUGACCCAGUCAUCUGUAGUUAUGCAGGGCCGGCUUGCUGGGAACCUGUUCGGUGUGCUUGCUUAUAAAGACUCGAAGAUAAAGAGCUAAAGCGAAUGUUUGCUCCUACUAACUCCAUAAAACAUACAUAUAUACACCACAUUCACACAAGAUUCUUUUCCCCUUCAAACGUGACAAAGUUCUGUAACAUAUGUGUGAAUUGAAAGUCUCAGUGAGAUAACAAACGAAAGGAGUUUUAAAUUGUGCGGAGUAAGGCCAAUAUUAAACAACCACAGAGAAUCUAUGUGACUUACAUUUAACUAUUAUGAUCGGUAGUCAUUAAUUUUAACACUUCCUUCAAUGAUGACAAUAAUUCUGAAACAUAUAUAUUGUUUAAAACACCUGCCCCUGUUUGAGCGAUUACCUUCAAAACGAAACAAUCUCAUUCAAGUGGUUUAGGAUACCGUUCUCCACUACUUCAUACUCCGAUGUGUAACCCUUACAAAUUGAAAUUUAAAUGAAUAUAUUUUUCCCCUAAUUUUUUCCCUCAACUGUUGGAAUAUUUUCGAAGUUACCUAGAAUUUUAUUUAUUGGUAAGGGGGUGAAAAAUGUAAAGAAAGAGAAAUGGAUUUUAAAAAUAUUUAAGUAUUCUUAUAUUAAUAUGUAUUUUUAACAGAUUUUUUUUGUCCAAUCUCUAAACAAAGGUAUAGAGGAAAAAAUACUCAAUAUAUAUAUAUAUAUAUAUAUAUAUAGAGAGAGAGAGAGACAUGUACACAAAUGCAGUUUCAGAGCCACACACACACGCACACACACGCACGCACGCACAUACACACACACACACUGUCAUAUUUUUAUGAUCAUGCAAGAUGAAUAUUUCAGAAAUUUGAAUUGAUAUUCAAAAGAAAUAUUAAUUAUAAAUAAACGAUGGCUUUCAAUAAUUUUCAGUUUUUCGAUCUUGUUGAAGAAUAUAUAUACCCUAAAUAAUUCGGUACUUCGUCAGAUCAAUACACCUCUGUCAUGUAUCAAUGUAGAAUAAUAUAUGCACAUAUAUAAAGACCUUAAGAAUGCUAUUUCUACGAACCCUAAUAUUAUUAGUCAUCAUAUUGAACGUUUGCUCAAGGCGUAGAUAUUUCUUUCGUUGGCGUAGCAGACGUUUUAUGCCAAUUGCCAAAUUUCCGUGUACAUCAAAAGAUAUGCAAUGGGUACGACAUCCUUUCAACUGUUCUAUGUAUUUUGUAUGUGGACACGGCGUACCUCAUCAAAUGCCACCUUGUCCCAUGGACAGAGUCUGGUCGAACAAAGUGACAAACUGCGUUCCAGUUGGUUCCAGGUGGGAUGACUGCAAGACAGUCGGAAGAAUGGAAAUGAAUUCCACAGGAAUUAACGACAAAAGACCAGUUGUGACCGGUAAAACUACAGUUACACACCUCGGUACAUCCCCGUCUUCUAGGUUUUCAUUUCUGCUCACUUCAGAGGCAUCGACAACUGAAGUAACAACACAUGCAUCAAAAUCCAUUAAGGGCCAACCAAACGUUACUCCUACAUCGAAGCAAUGGAAAUAUUCUACAUCUGGAAAACAACAGUGGAAAGAAAGGCAAACAUCUGUGCAAGACAAUCUUUCAACUCAAAUCCCUAUUGCUGAAUGUGGUGUUGCGACUACACAUAUGAUAGUCGGAGGUAUCCCGUCAAAAGAAGGCAAAUGGCCUUGGAUGGUUUCGUUACGGCUGACAUGGGCCAAACGCCAUGUGUGUGGAGGAACAUUAAUUCAUCCACGUUGGGUGAUCACCGCAGCACAUUGUGUUUUUGGGAAUCAGUUUGAGAAGGAAAGUGACUGGAGAGCUAUCUUGGGAGAAUUCCAGCUUGGAGUCAACACUGGAAAGGAAAUGCAUCGGAAAAUAGAUCUUAUCUUACGGCACCCCAAUUUUAUAAAUGGGGGUAAUUAUCCAAAUGACAUUGCUUUAAUGCGUUUGGAUCAUCCUGCUGAUGUUGCUGGUUUUUACGUUAGACAAGCUUGCAUCCCAGACAAGAAUGCUGGCUUUCGUCCUGGCGAUGAAUGUUGGACAAUGGGCUGGGGUGAGACAAAAGAUUAUGGAGACCAGAGCAUUCUGCAAGAACUGCAAGUUCAUGUCAGAAGUAAUUCAGAGUGUUCUAUCCGGUGGGGUCGACGACGAAUCCUCAAUUCACAUAUUUGUGUUGGAAAUGGUGAUAACGGAGCAUGUAAUGGAGAUUCCGGUGGACCAUUAGUUUGUGUACGUAAUGGCUAUUACUAUCUUGUUGGUAUUACAUCUUGGGGAGUGAGUGGAUGUCGAACGUCUGGAUAUCCCAGUGUCUAUACGCGUGUUGCCUUCUAUUCUGACUGGAUUCACCAAAAAUUCUCCAACUACACAAACAUUGAAGCUAAGGAUGAACCUUUUCACCAAUAAAUUUACUUCAUUGAACCGAACACUGCUGAACAUGGAUGAAGUCUCUCGUUUUAUGAAGUGCAAGUUCUCAUCACUGUAUCUCUGAUGUAAAAUCAUCAAAAGAAAACCCCCCAAAAAUAUAUAAUUAAAGAGGAGGAAAUGAAGAAUGGCAAGAAAAUGUUUCAAGCAGUAAAUAUUGAUUUCUGUAGAUUUCUUGUCAUUUAAAACCUGAAAUGAUAUAACAUGAAGACAUGAGAAUUAUAUUAUUUCUGUGAUAACACUGAAGACUGUUAGCACUGCUGUGCACUAUUUAUGCCUCACAACAAAAUCAUUUGCAGCUCUACAAAAAUAUUGGUAGUCAUCUCUUUGGUCGAUUUUUAUUCUUUCCCCUCCUGGGAACAAUCAAAGCACAUGGCCAGUAAGAAGCUUCAGAGUUGUGAGAAUAAUGAAAAUUAUGGAGUUUAUACUUCCAAAAUUUAUUAAAUUCCACAUGUCGAACAACCCAGAUUUAGAAACACAGACUUGAUCUCACUGAGAGCUAAACCAUGGCAUGAUAAUAAACAUUCCAGUUUUUAAUACAAGUGUUUUGGUUUAAAUAAGCUAAGGCUAAUUAACAUUUUGUAUUAUAUCAUCAUCAUUGUUGUUGUUUUAAUGUCUACUUUUCCAUGUUUGCUUUGGUCAGAUGAAUUUCUUUGAGUCAGAUCUUCUACAACCAAAUACUUUUCAUAAUACCAACCUUUUUUCUCUUAGUCUGGAUAUUUUUCAUGAAAAAUUGCAAGCAAAACGAUACCUUUUGAUGGUGACAUUUGUUUACAACUUGUAUGUGACAUGGACGUCUUUCAGUUUCUGGCUCUGUUUGGCCCAGGGCUAUAAUAAUUUUAUAUAAAGUAUCUCCAGACUACAAUGACAAUAUUUUUGAAUCAACAUUACAAUCCCUGUGGAAAGACUAAGAUUCAAGAUUUCUUGAAAAGAUUUGAUUGUCUCAAGUCUAUACAGUAAAUUGAUGCUGAGGAAAGUUUACUACGUCACAUAUAUAUCAUCAUCAUCAUCAUUUACUGUCCAUUUUUACAUGCUUGCAUGGAUGACAUAAAAUUUGCUGAGGCAGAUUUUCUAUAGUUGGACGCCCUUCCUGUCAUCAACCGUGGCCUAUUUCCAGGCAAAGUAAUAUUUCGCCCCUUGGCUAGACGUGUUUUUGGCAAAAGAAACAAACAGCAUUACUUCUUUAACAGCAAUGCUCAUUUAAAACCAUUAUGUGAUGUCAUAACAAAGAUACACACAUGCGCGCGGGCACACACAUGAUGCACUUCUUCCAGUUUCUUUCAAUAAAUCAACUCACAAGGGUUUGGUUGACCUGAAGCUAUUGUAGAAGACAUUUGCCCAAGGUACAAUGCAGUGGGACUGAACCCGAGACUACAUGGUUGGGAAGUGAGGUUCUUACCUACACAGCUAUGCCUGUGCCUAAUUUUUUUUCCUUUUAUUUGGGUGAGUGGACUGAUUGGCAAGCAGGUAUAUUGUUGAUAUACACCUAAUAAAUGUGAAACCGCAAUUGACUGAUUGGCAAAUCAAUUAGCACAAGUGCACACUUUUCAAGAAGGUAUCAUAAUAAAGAUAUUAAUGUGUA